AUGGAGACGUACACAAUCCAGUCUGCUCCUGUCGCCGGCCAAUCCUCGUUCUUCUACUACAACCCCGAUCCCGACGCUCACGCCGGGCAGCAUGGUUAUUUCUCAACCCAUCCUGCAGAGAUGCACGCGGCGACAGGCAACCGGCCGGUAUUUACCCACGACCAGUACUGCGCACAGCAUCCACAGCAGAUUCAAGAGCACCACAGCCACAUGCUCCACCAGCCAGGGCCGAUGCAGCACAUGGCACCAAAAACUUUCCUCAACGACGAGAUGAUGCUGAGUCCAAGUGUCUCGCCCCGUCCGCUGCAUAUCAAACCAAGCAUAUUGCUUCACGGGUCUCCUGGACUUGUCCCGAUUGAUACUAACUGCAUCACUGACUUUCACACCUUUCCAUCAACACCUCCGUUGUCCACCUCAGGAAGCACGAUUAGCAGUCCGCCAUCGAGCUGCGGGAUGCUGCAGACCCCGGUAAACGGAAGUUUCUACCGUUUCGAAAGCAUCGAGGGCGUCAAGGAAGGUUGCGAAGGAGACGUGAAAUCCGAGAUUCUAGCCAAUGGUGAUUGGACACGGUCGAAUUCCCCGCCGCUGACACCUGAAUGCGCUGCUGAACGUGCACUGACUGUUUUGUUUUGUGUUGUUUUAGUUUAUAUUCAUCCUCCCAAGUCCGCGACUCCAGCUAGCCACACUGCCAGCCACAACGCCGAGGAGGGGCUAUCCCAGGUCUCCACAAACACCUCUUGUCCCUCACUUUCUCCUUCACCCUCGCCUGUGACGACUUUGACCGACGCCGCAUCAACUCCGCUCCUACCAUCGCUUUGCAGUUCAGACUUCUGUGAUCCCCGUCAAUUGACUGUCGAAUGUUCAGCGUUUUCCACUUCUGACUUCCCGCCUCUCCCAUCUCUGAGCUCGAGCGAAGAAGACAGUGAAAAAUUUCUUCUUAGUGUUGUUGAUACUUUAGAACAUUCAGAAAGCCAUUCAACUAGCAGCUUCACCCAUUCAAUUACCGCCGCGGACGCGCUAACUUCUUUACCUACGUUUGAGAGCCUCUCUGAUCUCGACUCCGACGACGAAUUUGUGAGCGGAAUUGUCAACUUUGCCGUUUCAGACGAUACCAUUUUCCUGGGCGAUAAACGUCGACGACUUGCUCUUUACCCCUCGGACGAUGAUGAUUUGGUGAGCGAACAGAGCCUGGAAGAUUUGGAGGAAAACGAACUUCUCGCCCAUCCCGAGCUGCACAUUCUCGACUCUGAAACCCCCCAACCAAACGUGACAGAAGUCCAGUCGAUGAAAACCAAGAAGCGGUCGCACCAACGGAAAUCGAUGAAACGUUCAGUGUCGACCGAAAAUGAUGCGAACUCGAGUUUUGGAGAAGCGGAUGGUGACAUGGAUAACCGCGCGGGCAACGCGAACGGGGACUCGCCAGCUAACCAGGCUCAGCAGUCCAACACUCCUAAGCAAGAGAAUGCCGGGUCAAACCAACCAUCGACCAAUGCUUCUGGCACUUCUGUUCCGCCGCCCGUUGUCCCUGUCAGCCGUCGUGGCCGAAAACAGUCCUUGACAGAUGACCCUUCUAAGACUUUUGUCUGCUCCCUUUGUUCUCGACGAUUCCGCCGCCAGGAGCACCUUAAGCGCCACUAUCGCUCCCUUCACACAGAGGAGAAGCCGUUUGAAUGUACAGAAUGUGGAAAGAAAUUCUCUCGCAGUGAUAACCUCGCCCAGCAUGCGCGAACCCACGGAAACACUUCACUCAUUAUGAACGUCGUUCCGCCACGGGAGUCUCGUCCUCAAUUACCAACGUCGUCGCCACCACUUCCUGGGCCUCCUGCGUACGAGGAACAGGAUGCUGGAGCAUUGGGAGCCGUACUCUACGAAGCUGCCCGUGCAGCCGCAUAUCAAUCAACCACCAGCGAGUCUGAUAGCAGUCUUUCGUCCUCCCGAAGCGUCGAGUCUGAGCGCAAGCGCCCUCUUAAGAAGCGCAAGCGGGAGCAGUGA